CCCCCGGGUGGUGAGAUCGCACCGAUGGCUGCUGCUGGUGCUGCUGCUGAUUGCACCGACGGCUGCUGCUGGUGCUGCUGCUGCGUCACGUGCUGGAGAAAACAACAGAAGCAGCGGCGGCAGCAGCAGCCAGGAGGAGCUCCCCAUCAUCCACGCGCAUCGUCUCGGUUGUGUGCUACACAUCCUGCACAUCUCCAUCACCGCGGGCAUGACCAGCGCGCUCUUCAUGGGCCCGCUUGGUAAGGGUUCCUGGCAUGAGUGGGAGCGCGACCAUGUUUUCUCCCUUCUUGGUAUGGUCUGGUACAACACAAGCCGCUCAGAACCGUCGAACGCAAGUUUUCAGCGGUGGAAAAGGGUAGUGGCGGCGCAGUUCCCUAACGCGAAGCCGUGGCUCAUCAAGUUCAUCAGGCCUGCUGAGACGCGUUGGAUGGUGGUUAUGGACGGGGCCAAGCUCCUCUGUGAACGCUGGGAACAGGUCGAGUGGCUUUUUUGCGAGUACGCUGCUAGAAACCUCAACAAGACGACUUUCAGAAACUACUGGGUCCAGUCGGCGUGCAUGCUUCGAGAUCCUUUGGUUCGUGUGCAUGUCAUGUUCACGGCAAGGCUCGGAGAGCUGUUGUUCGACUGGGCGUACAACUGGAUUCAUGGCAAGGGGGGGUUCUUUCUGAAGGGCGAAGGGGUCGGUCGGCGGCUGUUUCCUGCGAUGCGUUUGGUGGAGGCGGCUGACUUCUCUUGCCUGCUGCUCCAAAAGUUGGAGACGAUCCGCAAGGAUCCCCAGACGUACGUCGCGGCGCUGCUAGACCGCGUUCGAACUACCCUGAGCGACCCGAUGCGGGGCGAAAGUUUUCGUGUUGAACUUCAGCGAGGACAGUUUUUUAUUGCCGAGUUCAAGAAGCGAUGGAUCAAGUCGAUGCAGCGGCAUCAGGAGCUACCUCUGAGCAUGGCGCGGAUUGGAUGCCCCUCGUUUUACGCUCGGACAGGAAUAAUGGGGGGGGGGGCUGUAGAGCAGGCGGUGGGGCCGGAGUUUGCGCGUGCUUUCCCCCAUGUAGCGUGGCCUGGUCUAUACGAGGGAGAGCCACGCACGGAGAGGGAGAGACAGUACCGAACGCAGCUCGCGAAGGAUUUGGGGGGAACCACCGAGGCACGAAGGAAAGAUGAGUUGACGCUCGGACUGUUUUCCUGUAUUGAUGGGGAUCUUUCUGUGAGGAGUGAACUCGAGCAGUAUGCGAAUUCUGGGUGGGGUGACAAGGAGAUUGACGAGAGUGCACCGAAGGGUACGUCAGCACUGGCGCGUCUGUUCGAUCUUCCCCUCCUAUACCGGUUGGUAUGUCACCGAUUCUACUUCGUUCCCAUUCACCAGCAGUUGAUCGAGGCCUUCUUUUCGAAGUACGACUCAUGCGCAAAGAAAACGGACAUGGCUGAGAUGGAUGUUGUUCGUGUUGGGGGGUGGAAAUCAGCGGAGUCUAGAGAUAUCGUGUGCGUCGAUGCAAUCGAUGACCAAAUUCGUGGCGCCGGCAAGAAGGUCCUAAAGGAGGCAACGGAAGCAAAGGCUAUCUCCCACGCACGCAAACCGAACCGGCCGAGAACUUGAGCAGAAAACGAGUUUUGGAACCGGAAGCUGCAGAGGAUUUGCUAGAUGUUAGAGAAGGAAGGGAGUCGGGGUGACGCG